AUGUCAGCAAUAAAUUCAUCCCAUCCAAAAAAAAAUCAUCAUCAACAUCAACAUCAUCAACAUCAUUAUCAACAUUGUCAUCAUCGUCAUCGUCUUCAUACGAUGUCACGAUUACAACGUCAAGUAUCCAAUGCUCUCUUCAUGACAGCAUCUUCACGAUCUACCAUCCAACAAGCACAAUCUCAUUCAAGAUCGUCGUCACAAAUUUAUCCAGCAACAGAUCGAUCUGAUAACGAUAAUGAUAACAAUGAUUAUCAACCAAACAAUAAUGAUAAUCUUUCAUAUCAACAGUGGUUAGUAAAUGUUUCAUUGUAG